AUGUCGUGUGACAAAAAGAACGAGGUAUGUGAGGAGGCAGAUCUGGCCCUUCCUACUCGGCGUUCAGCUUCAGGCGCGCAAACCGAUUCGAGUUCUUGUUCUAGUGCUAGUGAAAGCGAAUUUGGCAGUCCUGCCGAGGAACGAACCUCCGGUCGAACUCGUGUGAGCCAUACUCCAGAAUCCGGAAUGACACGAGCACCUGGAAGCAAGAGGGCCUUGCGGAACCCUCCCAGCUCUGCUAUGACUAAUAGGAAUAGCACUCAUGAGGUAAUUGCUUCAACAGUGAAGCCAGGCACGUUAGACACCCAAAGCAAUGAGGUAAUGAGUUUUUCUACGAUGGCACCAACUUCGGGAGUUCUUGGAGCUUUGAACUCUACACCUACACGCAGAUCCCUUCCUCCUGCUCCAGAUCAGCAAAUAGCUCCUUCUGACCGUCUGGCUGCUGCAGAUUCUCAAAGCUAUGGAAAGUCUGGGGGGUUAGUCGCCGGUUCUGCUGCCCCAACCGGACAAGCAGCACGAAGGCGAUAUGGUAAGGAAAUGGGGACUCAAACCUCUUCUGUUAUUCCUCCAUUUGAAGAGAGUUUUGAAUCUAUCACAAUCAGGCUGUUCAUGCGAUCGCUUUUGUGA